GCGAGGCGGUCUUGUGGCGCCUGGCAGCACAUCCCAAGGGUCGUCACAGCGACUGUGCGGGUCGGGCUGCCCAGGGGAAAAGGUGUCCCGCAAGCAGGGGCAGAAGGUGGACGAAAGCCAUGGGGUCUGCAGCCCCACUGGAGAGUUCUCCCCCGUUUGCUGUUGCCGGGGAGAGGUUUUAGGCUGUCAUCCAGCUAAUUCACACCACAGAGACAAGCACUUGAAUUAGUUGCAUUAUCUGCGCCCAGCUAAAGUGGACAAAGGAUUAAAGUGUGCUGAGCACCACCACCGUGAUUUGCAUCUCAGAGCCCCUUCCCACGGGCCCCCUCUGCUCCCAGCCUUUUUUUUUUCUUUAGUUUCCUGGCUGUGAGCCAGCCAGCAUAAGAGCCCUGUUUACAGAAAUGAUGCCUAGGUUAAUAUUGCAAAAGACUUCAUCAAAGCCUGUAGUUGCUACUGAAGCAGAAGGGUCUGACCGCGGGCCGUGAGCUGACCGGGCUGCGCACACGGGAUGAGUCGCAGCCACGCGGCGCCGCCGCCCUUCGUUUGACCAAUUCUGGUCUCAGCCUGAGGCUGGCCUAGAGGAGAACGGAGCUAUCAUGUCCCAAGGAGAAGCAGCAGAACGCGGCACUGCCAAGCCCCAAGACCAGGGAUGGGCAUGGAUGGUCCUGCUGGCUGCAGUGGUGCUGCAGGGGCUGACGCUGGGCUUUCCCUGCUGCAUCGGUGUCUUCUUCACGGACCUCCAGCACGAGUUCCAGGCCAGCAACAGCCAGACGUCGUGGUUCCCAUCCAUCAUGGUGGCCGUGCUGCACGGAGGGGGGCCCCUCUGCAGCAUCCUGGUGAAGCAGUUUGGCUGCAGGUUUGUGGUGAUGCUGGGUGGGCUGCUCAGCGGGCUGGGAAUGGUGUCCAGCUCCUUCUGCAAGUCCAUCAGCCAGCUGUACCUCACGGCUGGCCUCAUCACUGGUCUGGGAUCAUGUUUCAGCUUCCAAGCAGGAGUGACUGUGCUGGGCUACUACUUUGUACGGUGGCGAACACUGGCCAAUGCCGUGGCUUCCACUGGUGUCUCCCUGGGUUUCACACUGUGGCCGCUGCUGUCUCAGUACUUGCUGGAUGAGAUGGGUUGGAGAAACACCUUCCUCAUCUUUGGAGGAAUACUACUGAACUGCUGUGUUUGUGGAGCCAUCAUGAGACCCAUUCAGCUGCCAUCAGGGUCACUUCCACAGUCUGCCAAGCCCGAAGAGGAGCCAGGGAGUAGAGCAGAAGAGGCACAGCUGUCCAAUGGAGCAUCUCCUUACCACCCCAUGCUCCAGCAGCACACCAGAAGGACAAAAUGCUUCCAGAUGCUGCAGAAAUACCUGGCUUUUGACAUCUUCUGUCAAAACAAAGGUUACCAAAUUUACACUAUUGGAGUGACCUGGAUGAUGAUGGGGUUUGCCUUACCACACGUCUACCUUGUGCCUUAUGCCAUCCAAAAUGGGGUGGAGGAACGCAAGGCAGCUCUCCUCAUCUCCAUCAUCGGCUUCAUCAACAUCUUCAUCCGCCCUCUCACAGGGCUGCUCUCGGGACACAGAGUCUUCACAGGGAGGCGCAUCUACCUGUUCAGCCUGGCCGUGCUCCUCUGUGGGCUCAGCAAUUUCAUCUGUGUCAUUUCAGCUGAGUUCAGCGUGCUCAUUGUCUACUGUGUCAUCCUCAGCAUAGCCAUGAGCGGCGUUGGGGCGCUCGUCUUCCAGGUGCUGAUGGAUGUGGUGGAUAUGGACAGGUUCUCCAGUGCUCUGGGGCUCUUCAGCAUCCUAGAGAGCAUCACCCUCCUCAUUGGGCCCCCCCUCACAGGUCUUCUGGUAGACAUAACCAAUGAUUACCACUACAUCUUCUACAACUCCAGCUUCUUCCUGAUAUCGGCUGCAUUAUUUAUGGGGCUCAGCUUCUGUGCUCUGGAAAAAAAAAACAAAUUGAGAGAAGCUUCCAAAGCACAUUUGGACAAUUCCUCCAGAUACCAAUACAAUGAAAUGUCAACAGAACCAAAGGCUGAAAGUCAAUCCCCUCCAGCAGUUGAGUACGUCACGAGCAUAUGAAAAUAAAGGGGGGAAAAGAGCAACACCAUGAAGUGGUCUGUACAAAGCAACACAUGAGCCAACACUCAUGGCAGAUGAGAAAAAAGCAGUCUGCUUUCCACAACUGUCAUCUUCCUUUUGCACUUCCACUCCAUAGGAGCUUGUCAGAUCCCAAGACAGUGAUCCAGACCAUGGGCCCAGCCCAGAACCCAGCACCAACCAAGGAAAUGAAGCAGAGAGAUCUGGGCUCUCCUAAAGCAAGCCAUGGGAUAACAGCCAUGGGACUCAGCACCAGGAGACAAAUGCUGUGACAGUUCAAGUGGGUUAAGUCACCACCUUAAGAAGUCACUGGAAUUUCACAAGCAUGUUCCAGUCAGAAGUGCUGGAUAACACAUAUUAAUGGGUAGUUGUUGCCGCAUCUGAAUACGCAAUUUUGGUGCACAGGCUUUCUGUUUGCAUCCCAUGUUGUGUGUGACAAGACAAACAGCUUCCACAGGAAGUGUGUUAGUAUUUCCCACAUCUCUGAAUAAUAUACAAAAGCAGCUGCGUGUGUUGUAGAACUCAGACAAGUCUCUAGUAAGAUCAACUCUUUUCUCCUCUGAAGCAUAUACAGGAGUUCUUCAUGCCAAGGACACCUUCAAAGCCUCAAAAUUCAACUCCAGAGCUGCAAAAAACCUCAAAACCCCCCAAAAAACAACCCACCAAGCCUUGGACUGCCUGCUUUCUGUAACUACUGAUAUCUCAAGUGCUGUUUAUAUAUCAUAAAAGAGGGUUCAUAGCUCAUGUAAACACACUUCAGGAUUAACUGGAAUCCAUUAAAGCAGGGAGGGUGAUAUCAACCUAAGAAUAGGGAUAUGCAUCCUUUUAUAGGGCAAAACUCAAAGCAACUGUAGUUCCUCUCUGUGGAGAUCAGUUCAGCUCUUUAGCCUUUGACUUCUAAACUUAAUUACAUCAGCAUUCUCAUUAUAGAGAACUCUGUACAAACAUAACUUAUAUUUCUUAUAAGCACAAGCAGAACUGACAAAGAAAUCUGUGGGGAAAGCACACUGAGAAAAGCCAGCGUUGCAGACUUUCUAUCCGUACAGCCUUGACUGUAAGUGACUUUCUCUGCCACAUUCCCAGGAUUUGAUUGUCACUGCUCAGGCGAUAGCUGCAGCAGCCUCAGCAUCAGCUCCAGAUGCAAACUGUUCAUACUCUGAAUCGUCCCUGAUCCGACAGACGCGGAAAACAGCUCAUGAAACGUGCGGAUAAAGGUAACCCAACACAUCAGAACAAGCAAAAGGAUAGAAGCACAAAAUGGGAGAGAAAUGGAAGAAGUAACAGCUUUCAAUGGAACUGCAGUGCCUGUCUAAGAACUGUUGUAUCAAACUCAGCUGCAGUGCAUAUCUGGAGAAAUGUCCUAUCAGAUUCCUAGUGACAAACCCACAGUUUUCAUUAGAGCUCUCCAUACAAAACAAACAAACCAAUUAAAAAAACCCACUCUGGAUGAAACCACUGGAAAACUGACUCCAAGGUCUUCAGAGACCAUGAUGGCUUCACACGUGGCUUUCAUCCAGAAGGGGCAUCAACCCUUUAGAAGGGUUCCAGCUCCCACAGCUCAGUAUCUUCUCCAAUACUGCCCUGGGAUUACGGGCCCAGGAGGAUUUUCUGAUCAAACCUAUAUUUAAAUAAGAUGUUUAGUGGGAGAUAUACAUAUCUAAUCACUCACAUGUGUUUAUUAACUUAUGUAAUGCUUACAUGGUCCAUAACUAUGAAGUAAACAGGGACUGGUGCUUCUCGGCUUACCAAGACAGACUGAUGUACAUUCCUAGGAAAAUGAGGGAGUUUUCUCUCUCACAAAAAAGCAAUAAAAAAGAAUUAAGUCCUAAAUCUCUUCUACUAUUGCAAAUAAACAGCUAAGCAGCUGAACAGA